CACAAGCCUUUGGCACAAUGAAGUGGGUAACCUUUACUUGCCUCCUCCUUCUCUUCAGUUCUGCUUAUUCCAGGGGCGUAUUUCGUCGAGAAACACAUGCGAGUGAGAUUGCUCAUCGAUACGAUGAUUUGGGAGAACAACAUUUCAGAGGCCUGGUGCUGGUUGCCUUUUCUCAGUAUCUCCAGAAAUGUCCUUUUGAAGAUCAUGUAAAAUUAGUGACUGAAGUAACUGAGUUCGCUAAAGGAUGUUCGGCUGACCAUUCAGGGGCCAACUGUGACAAGUCACUUCAUGUUCUCUUUGGAGAUAAACUGUGUACAGUUGCCUCUCUUCGCGACAAAUAUGGUGAGAUGGCCGAUUGCUGUGAGAAACAAGAACCUGAGAGAAACGAAUGUUUCCUGGAACACAAAGAUGACAAUCCCGGCUUCCCUCAGCUGGUGACCCCAGAGGCUGAUGCCAUGUGCACCGCCUUUCACGAAAACGAAGACAUGUUCCUGGGAAAAUACUUAUAUGAAGUUGCCAGAAGACAUCCUUACUUUUAUGCCCCAGAACUCCUUUACUAUGGUCAGCAUUAUAAAGAAGUUUUAACAGAAUGUUGCCAAGCUGCUGAUAAAACUGCCUGCCUGACACCAAAGAUAGAUGCUUUGAAAGAAAAAGUACUGGCUUCAUCUGCCAAAGAGAGACUCAAGUGUGCCAGCCUCCAAAAAUUCGGAGAAAGAGCUUUCAAAGCAUGGUCAGUAGCUCGUCUGAGCCAGAAAUUUCCCAAGGCUGACUUUGCAGAGAUUUCCAAGUUAGUGACAGAUCUUGCCAAAGUCCACAAGGAAUGCUGCCAUGGUGACUUGCUUGAAUGUGCGGAUGACAGGGCGGAUCUUGCCAAGUAUAUAUGUGAGAAUCAAGAUUCAAUCUCCUCUAAGCUGAAGGAAUGCUGUGAUAAGCCUGUGUUGGAAAAAUCCCAUUGCAUCGGUGAGGUAGAAAGAGAUGAGUUGCCUGCUGACCUGCCCUCAUUAGCUGCUGAUUUUGUUGAAGAUAAGGAAGUUUGCAAGAACUAUCAGGAGGCAAAAGAUGUGUUCCUGGGCACGUUUUUGUAUGAAUACUCCAGAAGGCACCCUGAAUACUCUGUCUCAUUGCUUUUGAGACUUGCCAAGGAAUAUGAAGCCACUCUAGAGAAGUGCUGUGCCACAGAUGAUCCUCCUACUUGCUAUGCCCAUGUGUUGGAUGACUUUAAAGCUCUUGUGGAUGAGCCUCAAAAUUUAGUCAAAACAAACUGUGAACUUUUUGAAAAACUUGGAGAAUAUGGCUUCCAAAAUGCGCUCUUAGUUCGUUACACCAAGAAAGUACCUCAAGUGUCAACUCCAACUCUUGUGGAGGUCUCAAGAAACCUGGGAAAAGUGGGCAGCAAGUGUUGUACACAUCCUGAAUCAGAAAGACUGUCUUGUGCUGAAGACUAUCUGUCCGUGGUCCUGAACCGGUUGUGCGUGCUGCAUGAGAAGACCCCAGUGAGCGAAAGAGUUACCAAAUGCUGCACAGAGUCGUUGGUGAACAGGCGGCCAUGCUUCUCUGCCCUGGAAGUCGAUGAAACAUAUGUUCCCAAAGAAUUUAAUGCUGAAACAUUCACCUUCCAUGCAGAUUUAUGCACACUUCCCGAGGCUGAGAAACAAGUCAAGAAACAAACUGCACUUGUUGAGCUGUUGAAACACAAGCCCAAGGCAACAGAAGAACAACUGAAAACUGUCAUGGCGGAUUUUGGAAGCUUUGUAGAGAAGUGCUGCGGGGCUGAAGACAAGGAGGCCUGCUUUGCUGAGGAGGGUCCAAAGCUUGUUGCUAAAACUCAAACUGCCUUAGCCUAAAACAACACAAUCACAAGCCUCUCAGCCUGCCCUGAGAAUAAGAGAAAUGAAGACCUAGAACUUAUUCAUCUGUUUUUCUUUUCUGUUGGUGUAAAACCAACACUCUGUCUAAACAACACAAAUUUCUUUAAACAUUUUGCCUCUUUUCUCUGUGCUGUAAUUAAUAAAAAAUGAAAAGAAUCUAA